AUGAGUGACCCUGAAAAGCUUUCAGUUGAAGCGGCAUCUCAUAAUAGUUAUGAUCCACACCAAAUACGUACCAAUAGCGACCCGUUUCCUGGCCUCCCUCCAGACCCAGAUGCCCAUCUGAGCCAGGAAGAAAAGGAUGCCAUUGACCGCAAACUACUCCGAAGAUUGGACUGGAAAUUGAUACCUUGGCUCUGCGUACUUUAUCUCCUUGCAUUCCUCGACCGUACCAACAUUGGAAAUGCUAAGCUCGCCGGUUUGGUACCGGCCCUCGGGUUGACGACCCAAAGUUACAAUUCCACCCUAACCAUUUUUUUCAUAUCGUAUUCUGUAUUUGAGCCACUCACCAAUAUCCUGCUCAAGAGACUAAGGCCAUCGAUAUUCCUUCCCAUCAUAAUGAUCCUUUGGGGAUGUGCCAUGCUGGGAAUGGGAUUCGUCUACAACUGGUCCGGCCUUAUGGCUGCCCGCUGGUUUCUUGGUCUCGCAGAGGCCGGUCUCUUUCCUGGUAUCAAUUACUACCUAUCAUGUUGGUACAAGCGAUCGGAGUUUGGGGUCCGAGCAGCUAUUUUCUUCUCAGCUGCCGCAAUCUCCGGCUCGUUCGGCGGGCUACUCGCCGCAGCAAUUGAGCAGAUGGAUGGGGUUGGCGGUAAACCCGGCUGGGCAUGGAUCUUCAUAUUGGAAGGCCUCCUUACGGUUGUCGUUGCCGUAAUAUCCUUCUGGCUAGUACACGACUUCCCUGACGAGGCAAAGUUUCUUUCAGAGGAGGACCGGGUCCGAAUAAUUCGUCGACUGAGAUUGGAUCAGCAAGCAUCUGCCAAGCACGAGGACUUCAAGUUGACGUACUUGUGGGCAGCUCUGAAGGACUGGAAGAUGUGGCUCGGCAUGGCCAUCUACAUGGGCUGUGACAUGCCCUUGUACGCAUUCUCGCUCUUCCUGCCUUCCAUCGUACAAGAAUUGGGUUGGAAUAAGAGCGUAGUCCAGUCCCAGCUCAUGAGCGUGCCACCCUACGUUGCCGCCGCCAUCCUAACCAUCGUUAUUGGCUUCGUGGCGGACCGCACCCGGCAGCGCGGCCUGUGCAAUAUCGUUGUUAGCCUUUUCGGUAUCACUGGCUUCUGCAUGCUGAUCGGCUCCUCCUCGUCCGCUGUCAAAUACGCCGGCACCUUUCUGGGCGCCCUGGGCAUCUAUCCUUGCAUCUCCAACACCAUUACCUGGAUGGCCAACAAUACCGAGGGUGUCUACAAGCGCGGCGUUGUGCUGGGCUUUGUGAUUGGCUGGGGUAACCUCAACGGCGUCGUGAGCAGCAACAUUUACUUUGCUGCUCCGCAGUACUAUCAGGGUCACGGUGUCGUUCUCGCCUACAUGUCCAUCUUCCUACUGGGAGGUAGCUUGCUCAUGACGACUCUGCUGCGGAUCGAGAAUAGGAAACGCCGCCAAGGUAAGCGUGACUAUCGCGUCGAGGGCAAGUCCCAGGAGGAGAUUGACGCGCUUGGCGAUAAGCGACCCGAUUUCUUGUAUACUCUAUAA